AUGUCAGAAAGACCGUUGUGGUUCAGAUGGGCCAGAGUAGGGUUUGUAGGAUUUUCUAUAGUGGCAUCCGGUGUCCUUCUCUACAAAUAUGCCACUCCGACAGAUGAGCAACUCAUUGCACAGUUUUCACCGGAAGUGAGACAGCAGUACGAAAGAAACAAGGAGUUGAGACGCCAGGAGCAAAGAGAAUUGAUGAAGAACGUCCAGAUAACUGCUGCUUCUAACGAUCCCAUAUGGAAAACAGGGAACAUAAAGAAUCCGUGGGACAAGGAGAACAGGGGAUCGGAUCCAAACUUAAUUGAUCCAGUGAAGUUCCACCAACAGAAGGCUACGGAAUUUAAGAAGCAACAAAUUGAGCAAGCAGAACACGACUUUCUGGAAACGGAACGUCUUGUGGCUGCCAACAAGAACAACAAAAAGUGGUACAAUUUUUGGUGA